CGGCGGUGCAGGUGAGCCUCUGGCUUUGCGGCUCCGCAGCUAGUCAGUCGCCUUCGGUCUAGCGUCGCCCGGGAUCAGCGCGCGUGCCCAACUCCCUGUCCGCCCCAGCGCCAGGCGAGGGGCGACGCCUCGAGGUAAAAUCUAGGAGGUGCGGGAGGCUACCUCUGUGUAGGCCCUGUUGUCCGGGAGAAUCCUGAGGCUCUCGGCGGCGCGGGAGCGGAGGCGAUGGCGGAGGAGCAGGAAUGCGAUUUCAGGAAGUCAUGUGCCGACUCUGAGGCAGCGGCGGCUGCAGAACCUCUGGGAUUCCUUUCGGAGACCACUGCCGUCGACGCAGAGUCGCCGGAGCUCGAGAACUACAGUAGCAAGUGCGUGUUCUGCCGGAUCGCGGCGCAGCAGGAUCCCAGCACUGAACUCCUCUACUGUGAGGUUGGCGGCGACGCGCGACCGGGGACCCGAUCGCUCCUGGGGGCUCCGCGAGGAGACCUCGCCGGAAUUUUAUCUACUGGUGAUGAUGACAGUUAUGUCAAUUGGCAGGUUACACUCAAUAGCUGGAAAAAUAAUCAAGAUUUUUGUGUUGCUGUGCCUCCACAUUUUAGCAGCUCUUGGUUGAAGAAUGAAGAUCUAGUUUGCUUCAAAGAUAUCAAGCCAGCAGCACCUCAUCAUUAUCUUGUGGUGCCAAAGAUGCAUAUUGGAAACUGCAGAUAUCUAAAGAAAGAUCAAAUAGAACUGGUUGAGAACAUGGUAACUGUUGGAAAAACCAUUCUUGAAAGGAAUAAUUUCACUGACUUCAAAAAUACGAGAAUGGGUUUCCAUGUGCCACCAUUCUGUUCCAUUUCCCAUUUGCACCUUCAUGUUCUGGCACCAGCCGAUCAGCUUAGCUUCUUAUCAAAAUUGGUUUAUAAAGUGAAUUCCUAUUGGUUUAUCACAGCUGAUUAUUUGAUUGACAAACUAAGAACAUGAAGAUGUCAACAGUGGAAGAUUUUCCUAAUUUUAGCUCAACAUAAACUAAUAUUCUGGUCUCUUUGAAGUCUAAUUACAAUUGGGUUUUAUGCGAAGCUAUUACUGGGUAGUCUUAAAUUGUUUCUUAAUGUUUGUUUCCUGAAAUCUGUGAUGUAUGAAUAUUUUGUCAUUGACUUUGUUUUAGUGGUUCCUUGUCUAAGGUAUAAGAUACUAUAGAUGAAAUCCCAUUAGAACAAAUUCUGUUAAUCAAGAAGGGCUCUGUAUUUUUUUUAAAGUUCAAACAUUUUUAUUUCUCAAUAGUCAAUUAUAAUAGUGAUUUAUUUAUGAAGAAUAAACUGGUAUAAAAAGUACUUUGUUGGAGCCUUUAUUAUAUGAAGGAGAAAGAGAAAUUAUUUCUUGAUUGUUCUAUAAUUUUACACAUAAAAUUUCAAAAUAAAGAGUACCAUACUACACAGUGA